AUGCCUGUGGCUAUUGGGAGUGGAAUUUCUCAAAUUAAGUGCUACCUCAAUGGAAUUAAUGUGCCUUUUCUAUUACGUGGUAAAACUAUGUUUGUAAAAGGCCUCGGUGUUUUCCUUUCUGUUUCUGGAGGACUGGCUGCCGGCAAAGAAGGUCCAAUGAUACAUAUCGGUUCUAUUUUGGCUGCUGCCUUCUCGCAAGGUCGGUUGACCUAUUUUGGAAUUUCUUUACGAAGCUUUAGUCCAUUUCGAAAUGAUUUGGAGAAGAGGGAUUUCAUCAGUGCUGGGGCUGCGGCAGGAGUUUCAGCUGCAUUCGGAGCCCCUGUUGGCGGUCUCCUUUUUUCACUCGAGGAAGGGAUCAGCUUUGUCUACCAACGCUUAAUAUGGCGGAUAGUAGGUGGAUGUAUACAUUAA